AUGGAAAACCUGGAGUCCAGGCUCAAGAAUGCCCCGUACUUUCGCUGUGAGAAGGGGAAUGAUUCUGUCCCUGUGUGCCAGAAGUGUGAGACGUGCGUCCUGGCCUGGAAGAUCUUCUCCACGCGAGAGUGGUUCUGGAGGGUGGGUGCUGGGUUCCAGAGGAGGUUCCUGGUGAGUGUCCUGCAGCAACUGGACAGCCUGCACUUGUUACACUACUUCCUAACCCUCCUGCAGACCAUGCAGGGCAAGGAUCUGGUCUAUCACAGGGCCCGGGUCGACCUGAGCAGGAAGGAGGGCAAGAUGAUCCGGUCCUCCUGGAAUCAAACGCUGGAUGAGAUGGUGGAGCAGAAGAUGCGGGAGGCUCUGCACUGGCUCCAGGACAGCAGCCAGCGGACGAAGGCCAAGUACACGCUCCUGCUGCUGCAGAUGUGUGACCCCGGCUUGCUGCUCACCGCCACUGACGUCAUCAGAGUCCUGUUUCUGAGAGAGUGGGGUGACGCCUCAGGGAUCGACCCAGACUUUACCAACAUGUUUUUCAUCCCUAAAGAAGGCCACACACACUCGUGUGACACCUCACAAGUCUGCUGGGCAGCUGGAACCAGGCACACAACCUUCCCGUUGUCCAAAGCUACAGGAAAAGCAAGCUUGCGUGACCUUGUGCGGGGGGGAACAGCCACUGCUGAAGUACAGUGGAAGAGUUCACUCCAGUGUAUUUCCGAGAUGAACAGGCUAUUUUCUGAAAAAACCAGUGUGUCCAAAUCAGGCUGGGCCCCGGCCACCGAUGUGCUGCUGGAUCUGGACACCGUCAGAGAACUGUCCUCUGGGGUCAGCAGGUACCGCGACUUCAUCCGCCAGCUGCCCAUCCACCUCUCCAAGUAUAUUCUAAGUUUGCUGGAUAGGAGCACCUUGAACAGGUGUAGCUUUGUGAGCCAGCACUGGGCGGCGCUGGCGCAGCAGGUCAAGACCGACCUGUCCAUGCACUCCUUCAUCCAGCACCAGAUCGCCUUCCUGCAGGGGUCCUACACCAGGGGAAUAGACCCUAAUUAUGCCAACAAGGUUAUUAUCCCAGUUCCAAAAAUGACGGAUGACGGGAAGCACCUACGUGUGAAAAAUCAGAAGUGGAAACUGAGAACCAAGAAUGACUACAACCUGUGGACUGCGUACCAGAACCAGGAGACUCAGCAGGUGCAGAUGGAGGAGAGGAAUGUCUUCUGUGGCUCUUACAACAUCCGCAUCCUCUCUGACAUGUGGGACCGAAAUAGAAUCAUCCACUAUUCUGGGGGAGAUUUGUUAGCCAUGUCAUCCAAUCGAAAGAUCCAGCUUCUGGACAUCAUAUGUGUAAAGGAGAUACCCAUCAGGUUUCGAGGCCAUGCUGGGAGUGUCCGGGCCCUCUUCUUGUGUGAAGAAGAGAACUUUCUCCUGAGUGGGAGUUAUGACCUGAGUAUCAGAUACUGGGAUCUGAAGAGUGGGGCUUGUAUACGCAUCUUCAAUGGCCACCAGGGGACCAUCACCUGCAUGGAUGUGUAUAAGAACAAGCUCGCCUCUGGAGCAAAAGAUUGCCAGGUAAAAGAAUGGGAUAUAGAGACAGGGAAGUGCCUAAAGACUUUCAAACACAAAGACCCCAUCUUGGCCACCAGGAUCAAUGACACGUACAUCGUGAGCAGCUGCGAGAAAGGCAUGGUCAAAGUGUGGCACAUGGCCACGGCCCAGCUGGUAAAGACGCUCAACGGCCACGAGGGGGCCGUGAAGUGUCUAUACUUCGACCAGUGGCAUCUCCUGUCGGGAAGCACUGAUGGCCUGGUCAUGGCCUGGAGCAUGGUGGGAAAGUAUGAACGGUGCCUCAUGGCCUUCAAGCAUCCAAAGGAGGUUCUCCACGUGGCCCUUCUCUUCCUCCGGGUCAUCAGUGCUUGUGCCGAUGGCAAGAUCCGCAUUUACAAUUUCCUAAACGGGAACUGUCUGAAGGUGAUGAAAGCCAAUGGCAGAGGUGAUCCUGUGCUGUCCUUCUUUAUUCAGGGCAACAGGAUGGUGAUCAACACGGAGAGCAACAUCCUCCUGUUCCAGUUUGAGAAUAUCAAGUGGCAGUACUCAGUGGAGCGAACCAAACAAAAGAAGAAGGACAGAGAGGAGGACAGGGAAGACAACAGCUUUGCAGAAGUCCUCUCCAAGUCUAGCACCCAGGUCUACAGUCCAAGAGAUUCUGUGUCCAGCAAGCAGACAGCCCAGGAGUCCCUAUUAAGCAAACCUCCCAGGUCCCGCAUCUUCCUGAGGGCAUCCAGAUUACCUACAGGCGUGUUAAUGGAGACACCUCCAAGUCCAGGAAAGCCAAAGUCACCCUGGAAAGAUGGCAGGAAGAGACCGGGUUCUCAGGAAGCAAACAGCAUGGGUGCCGAGCAGGAGAAUUUGGAAGCAAAACCCGUUGUCGCCGGAGAUCAGAAGACGGAUGAUGUGGAGAAAUUACCAAAACAAAGGUAUCUGGGAAUUUCGGGAGACUUGAUCAGUUGCUCAAAGAAGUCCUGGAACAUUCCUAUGUCGCCUGACCAGUUCCUCCUGACCGUGAACGCCCUGCAGAAAGCCCAUAAUUCUGGGGAGUUUGCCUAUCCCCGGAGGCCCCAGGCCCAGAUCAUCGAUGUCUGGGGACCUUCCAUUCCAUACCCAAGGAAGGUCCUGAGUUUGAAGGGCCAAGAGGUCCAACAAGCAGUUGACCGACUGAGAUUCAGCACUCCUCCCAUAGAAGUGAAGCAGACCAGUAUUCCCCUCAAAAUCCAGAAGCUUCAGCCCAACCUGAAGAAGUCUGUACACGGCCCCCAAGUGCAGUCCACCAUCCCCCAGCCGGUGCUUAUCUGCCCCAGGUUCCGUGGUGGCUUGAAGGGCGAAGACCUGGAGACUAGUUCAACUGACGGAGUGCGCAGCUUCAGCCCCUUAACCAGCACGCAGGUCAUCAAGCCAAACCGCAUGCUGGCUCCGCCCACGGGCCCGGCAGCCCAGGCUGCCAAGAAAGAACGGCCCCGCUUCUACUCUGCCCUUGACCCCUUACGAGUGAACACAGAGUUCAUGCUGCUGACUGUGAAGGAGCAGAAAGAAUAUGAGGAGGCCAGGAUGAAAGAGUUUCAGGCCAUAAAGCCAGUUGGAGUGGUCGAUCCAGAAAAGGCCAGCAGAGCUUCAUGGAUCAGGAAGAUCAAAGGCCUGCCCAUUACGGAGCAGGGGAAAACCGCGGCCCCUGAACUUGGUCAAAAUGUGUUUAUUUGA